GAUGCUGUAACAAGUAGAACGUGGGCUAAAUCUAGCAGAUUGAUAAUGGAGACGGCCUGGCACAGCGCCUAGCGGAACUUGGCUUGCUCCUGAACUACUUUGCUGAACCAUGUCCGCGCUCUCAGCCAGCACGUCUCGUGGAUGCGCUGGUGCUUCUACCAGCUCCGCAGCUAAUGCAUCUGCGCAGGUCAUCGUCCCACCUCACCUGAAGCAUCAAUGGCUGCUUGGAAUGUUUGGGCCGUGCCCCCGGCGCCGCCGCUCGGGGAGCUCAGCAAGGGCCACUGGUUCGCUUGCGACCGGCAGCACAAACGAGCUGUUUUUAGGAUUGCAGGCCCGGUCGCUCGCUGGGCGGUAUGGCAGCAGUCGCGGGGCUUGGCGGACAUCAGUUGUCACUGGCGCCCUCGAGGUUGACAGCGACAGCCUAGGGUUGGGGCCGCUGGACUUUGUCGCGUCGGCGGCGGCGCAUCCGCCGGAGCCUGUAAAGCUGGUGGGCAAGCCUCAGCCGCGUGCACGCGCUCGGCCACCGGCCCUGGCUGCAACACCCUCACUGUCCGCGUCCGCGGGGACGUCGUCGCCCGCGCUGGCUUCCACAGAUGCCCACACUGAAAGCGUAACAGCAGCCUCAUCUAGCGGCGACAGCAGCGUCGCGGCCGCGGCACCCUUGCAUCGCGCAGCUAACAACGCUGGGGGGCCUGCACAUGCGGCUGACACGGCGCCGGCGGACGCGGUCGCGCUUGACCGCGAGGACAUGCCGCUGGGGCCCCGUCUGAAAACCACCAUUGUCCGCAACAUCACGCGUAAGCUGCAGGAGCGCGCAGCACAGUUGGCAGACGUGAUCCCGGGCCCGGGCGCGGCGCGGCCGCCACCUUUCACGCCGCGCCUGCCGCAGAUGCGCACAGCGCAGAACAACUACAAGAUGCGGCAGGACCGCAUCUCCAGCCGGAAGGAGGCGGGCAAGGCUGGCGACGGUCUAGACGUGCGCGUGACGUCCACCAGUGAUGAUGAGGGCGGCUUGGACACGGACGCUGGUCGGGAGGCUGUUGAGCCCUCGGCGGCCGGCGGCUGGCAGUACGGCCGGCCGCCGGUGGGCGCUAAGCGCGGCGACGAGCCGGGCACGGUGCCCGUGCGCAGCAGCGGCGGCGCGACAGCGCCGCCGGAGCACGUAAUUGUAUCGCCGACCAUCUUGGCGGCUACCGCCGCCACCUCAGCUGCGGCCCAGGGCCUGGCGGGACUGGUGCCUGCGCCCGGUGCGGGCGAGCGCCCCGCUAAGGCGGAUCUGGAGGCCACCAUCCGCGGCUGUGCCGACCUGGAGGCCGUGCGGAUGCUGUACGGGCGGCUGGGGGGCGUCAUGUCGCGGUCGGAGCUGAUCCUGCUGGUGAACACGCUGGCAACGGUGCAGGACCCGCAGCACAUGACGGUCAAGGUGUGGACGCAGACGCAGGCGAUGCUGGUGGAGCUGCUGCAGCGCAUCACGCCGCGCCUGGACUCGUUCACCAUGCAGGACUUCAUGGUGGUGCUGGCGGCAGUGGCCAAGUUGCGCUACGUGCCGCCCAACGACUGGAUUGCGGCGGUGCUGACGCAGAGCAAAACACGUCUGUACAAUGCCACGCCCGCCCAGCUGACCACCGCGCUGCGGGCGCUGGCGCGCAUGACGGUGGACCCCUCAGACAUUAAGUCCGCCGCCGCCUGGGAGGCCUGGAUGCGCCGCUACCUGGCGUCCGUGCAGCGGCAGCUGGCCGCUUACCGCGCCGACGAGCUGGUCAAGACGCUGGUGUCGCUGUCGGAGCUGCGCUACCGGCCGCCGCCCGAGUGGAUGGCGCGCUUCUCAGCGGCGCUGCACAGCCGGCUGGAUGUGCUGGAGGCCCACUCGCUGUCGGAGGCGAUGCUGGCGUUCGCCGCCCUGCGCUACCAGCCCGAGGCGCCCUUCCUGCGCGCCUACUACGGCCAGCUGUACUCGCGCCUGCCGCUGGCAGACGACCGCGACAUGGCCACCUUCGCGCAGGCGGCGGCGCUGCUGGACCGCCUGGUGCGCCAGGACUUCAUGCAGGAGUUCCUGGCGGAGGUGCUCCAGAAGCUACCCACCUUCAAGCCGCAGCACCUGGCCAACCUGCUCAACGCCAUGGGCCGGCUGGCGGCUGCGCCCGCUAGCCGCGUGCGGCCGCCGCCGGGCUGGGCGGCGGUGGUGGCGGAGCACAUGGACUACCCGCUGCCCGGGGCCAGCAAGACGCGGCUGUCUACCUUCAGCGGCACGGCGCUCGCCAGCGCCGCCUGGGGCCUCAGUGUGCUGGGCUACCAGCCCACGCCCAAGUUCCUGGAUGACCUGCUGUCCGCCUCGUACGGCAAGCUGCACGCCUGCGGCCCCACCGACCUCAUCCUGCUGCUCACCGCGCUUGGCAACUUCGGCUACACGCCAGCGCCCACGCGCAACGCCUUCUGGGACACCUGGAUGGUGGAGUUCGAAAAGCUGGCCGCGCGCAAAUCGUACGACACGCGCGGCGUGUGCGACCUGAUGGCGGCGCUGGCACGCCUGCCGCGGCCGCUGCGGCCCAACGGCGUGCCGCGGCCGCCGCACCCGGACUUCGUGGCGGGCGUGCUGCGCUCCACGCGCAUCUACAACCUGCGCAACACUUCGCCCUCGCGGCUGGCGGCGCUGGCGGGCUCGCUGGCGGUGGUGGGCAUCCGGCCCGACUUCGGCUUCCUCUACAACUACGCGCAGGCCGCCCGCUUCAUGUGGUCGGGCUUCAGCAUGCGCGACUACUCCAUCCUGCUGGGCUCGCUGGUGCACAUCGGCACGCCCGGCGUGGCCGACCCGCGCUGGGCGGGUGACUUCCUCGCCAUCACCCUGUGCCGCAUGUCAGAAUUUGACGGCCCCGGCCUAGCGGCCGCGCUGGAGGCGCUGGCGCAGCUGCCGCACCCCGAGUUCGAGCCCAGCAGGCAGUGGCUGGCCGCCGCGGCACAGCGUGCCGGGGACCUGCUGCGCAACCCGCCGCCGGCGCCGCAGUCACCACAGGCUGUGGCGGCUGCCGCCGCCACGGCGGCCGCGGCUGCGACCGCAGGCGCCGAGUCGCCUGGGCACCUGGCGAGAGCCAGCGGCGGCAGCGGCGCUGCCGCCGCAGCAGGCGGCGCUGGCGUGCCGGCGGCGGCUGUCGCGGCCGCAGGCGGUGCCGGUAUCGCGGUGCCAGGGCCAGUGCACGGCUCGCUGUCGUACCGGGCGGGUGGUGUGCUGGCGAACGGGGGCACUCUGGUGGUGUCGCCGGAGGGCCGGCUGGUGCCAGUGCCGCCCAUGCACCCGCUCACACCAGAGCACGUGCUGUCGGUGGUGCGCUCGCUGGCGGUGAUGGGACACCGCUGCGACGAGCAGGACCUGCUGGCACAGGCGACGCGUGCGCUACUUUCGCGCAAUGCAGUGCUGCUCAAGGCGCAGGAGGGCAAGGCCAGCACAAGCGGAAGCGGAAGCAGCAGCAGCGGCAACACGGACGCCAGCGCCAGCAGCUCCUAUGGGCAGGCAGAGGUGGCGGUGGGUUACGAGGGCAGGGCUGUACCUGGACGCGAGGCGGCUUCUGCCGCCUUCCAGCGCGCAAACAGCCUGGCAGCUGCCGCGGCUGCGGCCGCGGCGGCCAAUGCGCAGGGUGAGGCGGUGCGGCCGCACCUCAGCCGUGAGGCUUCGGCGCAGCUUGAGGCGGCUCUGCAGGCAAUGCUGGGGCACCAGGUCGCCAUCCUGCCCCUGGCUGCGCCGUCGCUGCCUGGCUUGGUGGUGGAGGCUGUGGCGGCGGACAUUGAGAUGUCGUCGGCGUCGUCGGCGCCGGUUGCGCUGGGGUCGAGCCAGGACCUUACCAUGCCGGCAGGGGCGGUGCGCACGGCCGAGGUCAAGCAGGCGCAGGCGGCGCGUUGGGCGGAGAAGCGGAGUGGACGUGGCGGCGCGCGUUCUGCUGCGGAUGCUGAGGGCGAUGGGCAGGAGGCCGAGCGUGGCAUGGCCACGGACGAUCGUGCGGCUGGGCCGCGUGUGUCAGCGGGAGGGCGGCGAGCGGGGGUUGUCGUGCGGGCACGCAGCAUGCCCGGAGCAGGGGCACGCGCUGAAGUUGAGACGAAUGGGGGCGAGGCAAAUGGUGGCACGGGUGUUGCUGCGGCCACAGCAUAGAAAGCAGGAAGCCGCUUGGGGGCGGAGAACUCGUGGGAGAAGUUGGGAUGGUUGCAGAGUGCAGGGAAGUUCACAAGGCUGUGUAACGUUACAAUGUAAAUCGACGGGACC